AUGACUAAUAAUAACAAUAAGGAUGCUCCCGCCUCCCCCAACAACGGCAAUGAGCAGCCACAACAAGCCAACAGUCCUAGGGGGAGCCGAACCAAUCAAGAAGAGGCUGUUAUGCCACCUAGGCCAAGAGGGUCUAGGCUUGAAAUAGGUGGAUCUUCUUCUGCUUCUACCUCUACUGUUGUGACUCCAACUGCUGGUGCUACUCCAUCAAGUCCAGAAAGGAUUGCAGGGAGUGGUGCUGGUGUUGGUUCCAGUGCUGUUGACACUGCUGCAGCGCCUGGAGAAGGGUCUUCCUCAAGAAAACGAUCUGGGAAGGCCCCUGAAGAGGGCACUUCCCCUGUGCUUAAGAGGGCUAAAGGGGAAAUGGAUAUAAAUCCUGACGCUGAUCCUACGUGCUCCACAUGUGGCUGA